AUGCCGAAAAAGAAGAAAAAGGGCAAAAUGAAACUCAGAGCAUUCCCUAUUAAUGAUUUCAACCUCUCCUACGAAGAAGAGGCAGAAAGAAGAUUUUCAAACUUCCAGCCCCUUGCUUCAGCCACAUGCCUGGAACAAGAAGCCGUGGGAGAAGAAACAGAUGAAAUGCUCUUAAAAAGAGUUCAGAAGGAAGAUAAAGACAGAGCUGCCUUUGAAGUAUGCAUAGCAAAAGCAGAGAGCUGCACUGUAACUGAACCAAUUCCUAUUCUGCACAAAUAUUAUCAGUCAGGUAAUUUUAUCAUUGGUGGCAUUAUUCCUCAAAUCCUUAGGCCAUAUAAUCCAAUAGACUUCAGUGACCAUCCCCAUCAUGCAAUGAUUGAUGACCUAAUUGUACUGACUAAAAAUUAUCAGCAUACGCUGGCCUUAAUAUUUGCUGUAAAGGAGAUAAAUGAACAACCACAAAUCUUGCCUAAUUUUACAUUAGGUUUCAACAUUUAUGAUAGCUAUUAUGAAGCGAGAUGGACCUAUCACAGUGCAAUGGAACUUCUCUCCACACAGAAAAGAUUUAUUCCCAACUACAGGUGUGACAUCCAGAAUAAUCUGGUAGUUAUCAUUGAAGGGCUAGAUAUUGAUGUCUCACUUCCUAUAGCAAAUAUUCUGAGUAUCUACAAGUUUCCACAGUUCACAUAUGGGUCCACUGCAGUGAUGAAUAAUCAAAGAGAAUCACUCCCUUUCUUUCGGAUGAUUCCAAAUGAAAUUUUGCAGUAUAAAGGUAUUCUUCAGUUACUUCUGCAUUUCAAAUGGAUAUGGGUUGGAAUCAUGGCAAUAAAUGAUGACAACGGAGAUAGAUUUGUGGAGAGAAUUCUUGCAGGAUUUCCUAUGAAUGGUAUCUGUUUUGACUUCAUAAAGAGAAUCAAUAUUCCUUUCCUUGAUGAUUAUAUUAGUUCAGUUAGUGAAAUGGUUGAAAUUAUUGACAAAAUUAAGAGGAGUGAAGCCAAUGUGUUGGUUUGCUAUGGAGAAACUCGAACAAUGAUAUAUUGGAGAUGGAUGUUUCGACUAUUUGAGGUAAAAGGCAAGGUAUGGAUUAUGUCAGCCCAGACUGAUCUCUUCUCCUUACCUUAUCAAAGAGAAUGGGACAUUGAAUUCAUCAAUGGAGCGCUAUCUUUCACUGUUAAAUCAUGCAAGCUUCCAGAUUUCCAAUAUUUUUUUCAAAGCAGAAAACCUUCCAACUCAAAGGGAGACAAUUUUCUCCUAGCAUUUUGGGAACAAGCAUUUUCCUGUAAAUUUUCAAAUUCCUGUGCAACUGGGGGCAUUUGCACGGGAGAAGAGAAGCUUGAGGAUCUUCCUGGUACAGUUUCUGAAAUGUUCAUGAUGGGACCUAGUUACAGCAUCUACAAUGCUGUUUAUGCUACAGCUCAUGCACUUCAUUUGCUGCAGAAGUCCAAAUCCAGAUAUGAAUCAAUGGCAGUUGGACAAAGAUGGAAGCUUCAAAAUCAGCCAUGGCAGACAUUGCCUCUCUCAGUUUGCAAUGACAAUUGUCAAAUGGGCUAUAGACGAAAAAGUAUUGAAGGAAAGCCAUUUUGCUGCUAUCAUUGCAAUCGAUGCCCUGAAGGGAAAAUUUCCAGCAGGAAAGAUAUGGAUGACUGCUUUAAAUGCAAAGAAGACCAAUAUGCAAACAAAGAUCAGUAUUUAUGUCUUCCUAAAGUCAGUACUUAUCUAUCUUAUGGGGAUCCUUUGGGAAUGAGUUUAGCUUUGUCUGUUACUGCUUUUGCUGUACUCACAGCUCUGGUGCUUGGAAUUUUUAUGAAGCAUCACAAUACUCCUAUUGUCAAAGCCAACAACCGAGAUCUCACUUAUAUUCUCCUCAUCUCUCUCCUUCUUUGCUUCCUUUGUUGUUUGUUGUUUAUUGGACAACCAACAAAAGUAACAUGUCCUCUACGACAAAUGAGUUUUGGAAUUAUCUUCUCAGUGGCCAUUUCUUGCAUGUUAGCAAAAACCAUCAUAGUGGUUCUGGCUUUCAUGGCCACCAAGCCAGGAAACAGCAUGAGAAAAUGGAUGAAGAAAAGUUUGGGGAGUUCCAUUGUACUUUCCUGCUCCUUGAUUCAAACAUGUAUUUGUGCUGUAUGGCUUGCAACCUCCCCUCCCUUCUCAGUUGUUGACAUGUAUUCAGAAGUUGAAUAUAUAAUACUGGAAUGCAAUGAAGGCUCUUUGAUUAUGUUCUAUUGUGUCCUAAGCUAUAUGGGUUUCCUGGCUAUUGUAAGUUUCACUAUAGCUUUCUUUGCCAGAAACUUACCAGAUACUUUCAAUGAAGCCAAAUUCAUCACUUUCAGCAUGUUGGUCUUUUGUAGUGUAUGGUUAUCCUUUAUUCCAGCUUAUUUAAGUUCCAAGGGGAAAUACACAGUAGCUGUGGAGAUCUUCUCAAUCUUAGCCUCUACUGUUGGGUUGUUGGGUUGUAUUUUUUUCCCCAAAUGCUUCAUAAUUUUAUUGAAACCUCAAUUAAAUAACAAAGAUCAGCUAAUAAGAAGAAUAACAUAAAUUGUAUGUAUUUGUAUAUUUUACAACUUUAAUUUGUAUUAAGGAUAUAUGAAUUAAUUCUAAUCCAGUUUCUAGUUUGUCAAUUCAAACUUGGUAAUUAUUUAUUUAUUAAAUUGACUUGGUACUUC